GGAGAACAGGACAGGGAAGAUCCGUAAUGCGCAUGCGCCAGCUCUGUUAUUGUCACGUGAUCGCUCCACUAAACUAGACGCCACAAACUUUCUGCAGAGUUAGUUAACAAGUUAACAUGAUGAAAUAGAGAGAAACUCUCUCUGCUGACGUGUGACUAAGAUGUCUAGACGUAAGUUGAAACCCGUCUGUGAGCGUUAAAUCAUUUUGAAGCGGAGUCAGUGAACUAACGGAGUUAAAACACACAUUUAGCGUUAGCAUUAGUAUUAGCAUUAGCAUUAGCAUUAGCAUUAGCAUUAGCAUCCCAGCAGGAGGAAGAGGAGCAGCAGGAGGAAGCAGGAGGAAGAGGAGCAGCAGGAGCAGGAGGAAGAGGUGUAGCAGGAGGAAGAGGAGUGCACGCUUCCAGACAACCGACUGAACUCAAGAGCUGUUUUCAGUAUGCGGAACCGACAGAGGGGAUCCCACCUGGGCUUGAUGCUCCUGGCCUCCCAGCUGUUUCAGGUGGGUCUGGACAACAUCCCCCCCGUCACCCUGGCUGUCCUGGGACUCAACGUGUACCUUUACCUGUUCCCUGCUGCUCCACUGAUGCAGGCCUGUGUGAGUGUCCAGCAGGCAUACUGGUUUAAAGACUGGCGCCGCCUUCUGCUGUCCCCGCUGCACCAUGCGGAUGAUUGGCAUCUCUACUUCAACAUGGUGUCCUUCCUCUGGAAAGGUAAAAAGCUGGAGCAACGGCUGGGCGGCCCGUGGUUCGUCUACCUGCUGUCAGUCUUCUCUCUGCUCACCGGAGUGGUCUAUCUGCUGUUGGAGGCGGUGUUAACAGAGCUUACCCAGGACCAGUCCUAUAGCAUGGCCUGUGCUGUCGGAUUCUCAGGUGUCCUGUUUGCUCUGAAGGUGCUCAAUAACCAUUACUACCCUGGAGGUGUGACCUAUGUGAUGGGUGUCGCUGUGGCUAAUCGCUAUGCUAGCUGGGUGGAGCUAGUGCUGAUCCACAUUACAAACCCUGGGACCUCUUUGAUUGGUCACCUAGCAGGUAUCCUGGUGGGUUUGCUCUACACUGCUGGACCACUGAAGGCCGUCAUGAAGAAAUGUGCAGGGUUUGUGACAUCAAACGGAUACAACUCCCGGCCCAAUGCAUACUACAGCAAUUCAGGCUCCACAGGAUACAGUGGCACUGCUGGAGGAUACUCAGGAUACCAACAGAAUCCACCAGAUUACACAACAAAUCAUUCAGCAUCUUAUUCAGGCGGACUGACGGAGGAAGAGCAGAUACAGGCGGCCAUCAGAAACAGUCUGAAUGACGGAGGACAAAGCAGCCAGAGAGGAGCUCCGCCUCCUUACGGUUUCCACCUCUCUGAGGAGGCCACAGCUGAGGAUAUCCGGUUGAGGAGACUGAGGAGGUUUGACAGCUGAACUGCCAGGUAGCGAAGGGGAAGAAGACAGAAGAGCAGUUCCCUCCUGAGGCCUGGUCCAGACUCUGCUGAAUGAGAAGGUCCAACCACACAGACUGACAAAGUGUGCUCCUUUGGGCCUCUUUACCAAAGCGUUAGCUAAUGUUAGCUAUGGAAAGCUACUUUAAUGUGAAUAACAUUGCUUAUGAGCAGGUUAGAGUGGGUGUGUCUGACAACGCAGCUUCCGAUUGGGGAAUUAAGAGGAAAGUUAAGGGUUAUUUGUAAUUGAUUUUCUGUUGUUACACCCCUUAAAUUUAUAAAACUGAUACUGGACAUCAUAUCAAAUGGCUUAAAGUGGUUUAAAGCC